AUGCCGUCGCCGAUUUACACUGUCUGCCGGUUGGAUUCGUCUUUCCGUCUCCGUGAGGUGCCUGUAUCAUCCUUACCGUCCACACAUCAGUUCUACGAUCGGAGGGAUGCCAUGGCCCAACUGCUGGGGAAGCUCUAUGUCCUUUUCGAUGCCAAUUGUCUCUACAUCGGCUCCAUUAUUAUCUUCAUGGCUGCCUUCGCUCUGUGUGGCGCGGUACUGAAGGUGCAUGCGGAAAUUGUUGGGCGAAUAAUUGCUGGCACUCAUCUCAAUGAACACAACCAAUUGGGUAACCAGACGGGAGAAGCUGGUGACGUUCGACUGGGUAGGGGUGACCUCAAAAUUGGUGCUUGUACCACUCUCGUCAUAGGCAUCAACUUCGGAGGCGCGCUAUACUAUUGGAAUAGCGGUCAGAUCAUUGCACUGUUUGUGGUGACUGGUGUCCUGUGGUUUGUCUUACUUCUCCAGCAAGGGCUCGCUAUUGUCACAACAAAGGAAAGUCCCAUCCUGCCAGUCUAUCUUUGCCGCCAGAAGGAACAGCUCUUUCUCUUUGAUACCUGCACCACUGCCGGAGCCGUCUCCUACACCAGCGUAUACUAUAUUACAAUUUACUUUCCGUUCACUCGCGGAGACAGAGCCAUGUGGAGUGUAUAUGUCGCGGAUCGGAUACUACAAACCUUGCUACCUAGGAGGCAGUAUUAA